CCCCCAUGGACAUGCUCGACCCCGGCCUGGAUUCGGCCUCUGGCUCUGCUGCCCCCAGCCAUGAGAAGAGCCAAGAGCCUGAAGAGAGCACGGAGCUGCAGGAGGGGGAGGGGCCCUCGGGGGAGGAGGCAGCCGUGGCCAUUGCCAGUGUCCCAGGUCCCUAUGGGGAGCAGGGACUCCAGUACCAGUUCCGCAGCGAGAGCAAUGGGGGGCAGGUCACGUACCGGGUGGUGCAGGUGACGGAGCCGCUCGAGGGCCCUGAGGGAGCUGCUGUCAGUGUCGUCUCCAGCUUCGCGGGGGGCACCCAGGCUGUGCUCCAGACCCCCUUCAGUAACGGGGGCAGUCCCGGCGCUGAGGGGGGGGCGGAGCCAAGGUUCGCCUGGGGGGGGGAGGGGACAGUGUCGGUGCAGGCGGAGCCCGGAUUGACCCCGGCUGGAGGUCAGUUCUAUGUGAUGAUGACCCCCCAGGACGUGCUGCCCCCUCCCCCAUCGCAGCGUAUGGGGCCCCAUGGACACCCCUAUUCCCCGAAGCUGGAGGGACCCCGAGUGCCUCGGGAUGAGCGGCGCCGAGCGCAGCACAAUGAGGUGGAGCGCCGGCGCCGGGACAAGAUCAACAACUGGAUCGUGCAGCUCUCCAAGAUCAUCCCUGACUGCGGCACCGACAACAGCAAGAGCGGCGCGAGCAAAGGGGGGAUCCUAUCCAAGGCCUGUGACUACGUCCGGGAGCUGCGUCAGAGCAACCAACGGCUGCAGGAGACCCUAAAGGAGGCCGAGCGCCUCCAUAUGGACAACGACCUCCUCCGGCAUCAGAUGGAGGAGCUCAAGAGCGAGAACGCUGUCCUCCGAGCUCAGCUCCAGCAACGGGGCCUGGAUGGGACCCCCGAGGGGAACCCCCAAUGACGUCACAAGGGGGUGUCCCCCCCCCACGUGACCCCUAUGGGGACACCCCCUUCUUCAAUGGGGUCUGUGUCCUCCCCUCCCCCCCCCCAUAGACACACAAU